CCGUCCGGGGGCAGACAGAGCGCCGCCGCCGUUUCAGACGAUGGGAUGCGAGCCGUUUCCAGUUGAGCCGUGUUUAGACAUGUGAUCGCUGCCCGAGCCAGCAACUGCCGCCCCGGAGACAUGGGGAAUGGCAUGAAUAAGGUGUUGCCUGGCCUUUAUGUGGGAAAUUACAGGGACUCAAAAGACGCUAACCAACUAGCCAAGCACAACAUAACACACAUCCUUGCCAUCCAUGACUCUGCGAAAAGAAUACAUUCCGAUAAGCACUAUCUUUGCGUGAUGGCGUCGGAUUCUCCGGAUCAAAACCUGACUCAAUAUUUCUCCAUAUGCAACGAUUUCAUCCACGCUGCGAGGCUCCGAGAAGGCAACGUUUUAAUACAUUGUCUGGCUGGAAUGUCUCGCAGUGUGACAGUGGCAGUGGCGUACAUCAUGUCUGUAACUAAUCUCAACUGGAAGGAAGCACUUAAAGUCGUUAGAGCUGGUCGCGCGGUGGCCAACCCCAACCUGGGCUUCCAAAAGCAAUUACAGGAUUUUGAAGCCACGCGGUUAGCAAAGGAGCGCCGCCGCCUCAAGGAGCGCUACCCAAGUUUAGCUUUAGUAAACAUAGACAGAGAACAGUGUUCUUUGAUGCUCAAUAACUACGAGGAGUUGCUGCAAUCUCGGUCAAUUUGCGAAGGUCGAUGCGCGUUGGGCGAAGAAUGUCCAACGGGAAUUUGCAGAUCGAAGAAUCAAAACCCAGCUGCUCACCAGCCGCGUUCACGGAGACAGAGCAGAAGCACAAGAUCGCGUUCGGAGAUGUGCCGAAGUCCUAGUGGCACUAGCGCCGCUAGCACCAGCACCAGACCGCGCUCGGGGCCCGCAGGACUUCGCAGCUAUACAGGUUCAGCUCCGCCAUCUCGGACCAGUUCCCGCGUAGAUAUUUCUUCCAUUGGUGUUUCCGGAAACCUUACAGCUCCAACAACACCGCAAACAAGCCCUCCAAUUUCACCGAAACGGCGAGGAACGGUCGCAGUGCCUCUGGCUUUGAAAGAAGACGAUUUUGAUUUAUAGCCCUCGCCACAAGAGGUCAAACUCUUCAAAAAUUCUAGGGGAUGAGUAGGUUUUGGUGCGGUUGGCUGGAGGUUAAAAGGGUGCAAAUUUUUGUUGGUUGUGAUUUUUGAAAGAAUUUAUAUACACCGUGGCCACUAGAAGCUUCGUGCUUAUAUAUUACGAGGAAACACUGCUUAUAUUCCAUCCGUGUCGUGUUUAGAUCCACUCUAGGGUUGUAGAAAAAUUAUGUGGUAUAAUGUAACUCAUCAUAUCAUCAACCCAUUUUGAUGACUGAUUUUUUUACGAAUCAAACACCUAAACUUACAAUCAUUUUUCAAUUAUUCGUGAUGCUGGGGUUGAGAAUUCGUCCACUUACAUUUAUCACAAUCACAAUAUAUUUCUUUAAAAUUUUGUUUGAUUGAAUACGUCUACCAUAUGAUUAAGACCUUCCCAUUUAAACUCGCAAUUUCUUUAGUAUUUUUAUUUUCCAUUGCAUAGUUUGUCACCGUUGUUACAUGCCAAAAAGACAUUAUCAUCGUCAAAGAUGUUUUAUAUACACACAUAUAUUUAUAAAAUAAUCUAAUAAAAAAGUAAAACAACACAAGUAAAUCGGAGCUUUUUUAAACAAACGUUAGUACCUGUACUAAAAACGACUCUCAUAUCAAAAAUAUGAUGUUAACCACGAAUUGUCCUCGAUUUUUGUUGAAUUGGGUUCGUUAAACUCGAAAAAAAAUGUGUUUCUCGUUCUGAUUUGUGGCAAGCGCAAAGUUGUUUUACUGAAUUAAAAAAACCUUUACAUGUUUAUAAUGGUGAAUAUUUUAAUGUUAACAAGAGCAAUGACUUUUCCCCAGUGGAAUUAGAGAUAGCAUGCUCAAAACCAGGCUUAGUGAAAAUAAUUAAGUAGCACAAAUGAAUAGUGAUAAAGUACAUAUUUUAUUAGUGAAGUAGGUUGUUGUUCAUGGCGCUGGCCGCCGGAUUUAUUGCAAUAAAGUACCUACACAUUUGUUAUUACGGUUUAUUGUGCAGUUUAAUAAUGGAACAAUUGCACUGUAGCUAUAUUUAUGUGUAUAGAAUUGAUGAUAAAAAUAUGCUACAUUAUUAGAAAACCAUUCAAAAAAUUAAAACCGGUAGCAGUAAAGCAAUGCUGAGUGUACCUAAUUGCAGUUUUGUUAAUUGGUUGACCCAAACAUUGUUUGGUGGGUGUUAUAAUAGUGAUAUUUUUUUACAAGUGACAAAAAUGUUGAUACUCGUACUUUCUACAGAUUUUAUAAAUUGUUUAAAGUGAAAAUAGCACCACGCUGAUUUCUUGUUAGUUAGUUACUGUAAGGCAGAAAGGCGUAAGAUCAGUGGAGGUAAUUUUAUGGUCUCUAAAAACAACAUCCUUAAAAUUCUUUCACUGUAUUAUGAAGUAAUAGAGGGAAACAAUCAAGAAUUGACGACGUAAAUGGACGUUAAAUUCAAGAGUACAAAUAAUUUUAAAAUGUUUUUUUGUAUUUAUGAGGCUUUGUACUAGAGGCAUAGAUGCACACACUUUUUGUUUCUUUAUACUUUAUUAGUCACACUUUAUUGUACAAAAUACUGUAAAAAAUAGCCACGCAAUAUACGUAGAAGUGUCCUUAUUUGAGUUGCUAUUUUUAUAUUUCAAUGAUUGUACCCAAGAAUAUAUUGUCAAUUCACACCUAUUGAUUAAUCAACAAUAUUGACUCAGUGGUCCACAAAAAGUGAUAUAAUCAUGAACCUGCGUCCCAGUCCAAUAUACAUUAAGUUUUAAACACAUUUUUCUAGUGUGAAAUGACAAAAUGCUUGGUCACUAUACAUACAAAUAUAGAAACGUUAUAAUUUACGUAUAUUUACGAAAUUAAUAAAUAAAGAAAUUACA